AUGGCGGUGAUGAGGGCUGGUGCUUGUGCUCUGCCGUGGGCGAGCCGGCUUUGGGCUUCCAAUCGAUCCUCCUGGAAACUCGCAUCGUGCAAGAGUGCGCUCACCGCGACGACCAUUCGUCCGCGUCGAUUCGCGACAGCCGCCUCCGAGUCUACUCCGGGGAAGCCAUACUAUGUCACGACCCCGAUUUUCUAUGUCAACGCCGCUCCUCAUGUUGGCCAUUUGUAUACUAUGGUCCUUGCCGACGUCCUGAAAAGAUGGCGCGCAUUGCUCGGCGAAACCGACGCUCAGUUACUGACAGGAACGGACGAGCAUGGCAUGAAGAUCCAGCAAGCCGCUCUAGCCGAGGGAAUGGAGGCGCAAGCUUUAUGCGACCGAAACUACAAGAAGUUUGAGGACCUGGCCAAGGCUGCCAAUCUGGACUACAACUAUUUCAUUCGAACAACAGAGCCAGCGCACAAGGAAGCGGUCCAGUACUUCUGGGAAAUGCUGCAACAUCGGGGGUUCAUCUAUGCCGCGAAGCACGAAGGAUGGUACUCGGUAAGCGAUGAGACUUUUUACACCCGGAAACAGGUGCACAAGUCUCUAGAUCCGGCAACGGGCCUUACGAGAAUGGUUUCGAUGGAGACAGGCAAGGUGGUGGAAUGGUCCUCAGAAACGAACUAUCAUUUCCGCCUGUCGGCCUUCAAGGAACGUCUGCUGGACCUGUACAAAACAGACUUCAUUACGCCGACAAACUACACGACCAAUAUCGUCAAGUCCGUUUCUGAAGGACUUCAGGAUUUGUCGAUUUCCCGACCUGCAGAACGCCUCACGUGGGGAAUUCCAGUGCCUGGCGAUGAUACGCAAACCAUCUAUGUCUGGGUGGAUGCUUUGGUCAACUAUCUCACCAAGGCAGGCUAUCCCUUUGCUCCGGGCCAAGGGGCCCGCCUCGGGUGGCCGGCGGAUGUACAUGUGGUUGGUAAAGAUAUCGUUCGCUUCCACUGCGUGUACUGGCCAGCCCUUCUCAUGGCUCUCGAUCUUCCGCUUCCCCGCAACGUCCUAGUUCAUGGACACUGGACCAUGAACCACGAGAAGAUGUCCAAGUCCACGGGCAACGUGGUCAACCCUUUUUUCGCGAUCGACCGUUUUGAUGUCGACACGAUGCGCUUCUUCCUCGUCCACCAGGGUGAACUGGCGGGGGAUGCCGAUUACGAUAACAAUUACAUCAUCCGCGAUUAUGAGAAGGUGCUGCGGAAGGGUCUGGGCAACCUUGCUACACGGACUAUUGGAUGUGCAAAGGGUGAAUUCCGGACCUUUGUCGUCAAUGGUACACUGGGACAUCUACCCUCGCCGACUUCCGCCGACACAGCCUAUGAAUCGCAAUUGAAGGAGCUACCUACGAAGGUUGCGAACCACAUGAACAGUCUCAAUCCCCGUGCAGCCUUGCAUGAAAUUAGAGCUAUCAUUGAAGCGGGUAACAAAUACCUCCACAAUGCGGCUCCCUGGCAAAACGUGAAUGAAGCUCCACGAUCCAUCUACAAUAUGGCCGAAACCAUCCGAAUGAUUGGCAUCCUGUUGCAACCGGUUAUGCCCACCAAAUCGAAAGAGAUUCUGGAUAUGUUUGAGGUAGAUCCAAAGAGGAGAAGCUUUGCGUCGGCCGAGUAUGGAUCGGACGCGACCUACGGACAGAAACCCAAGAAGGGUCACCUGUUCCCCCCGCUUGUCAACAAGGGCGAAUCCGAGUGA